AUGACAAAGUACCAGAAGGACAAGGAUAAUUUGGGGAGGGGUGAUACUGAACACAAUAAAAGUGUCAGUUGUAUUCUUGACCUCUCCAAGUGUCCUUCUAUUCAGGGAAAAAAGUUGUUUGCUGAGCCCAAGGAUGCUGUUUUUUCACUUAGCCACAAUAUCAGGAGUCAUUUGGCCAACCUUUCCAUCUGUGGAAACACACUCCCCACCCCCCACCCCACUGUGAGGGAGGAAGCUUUGUGUGCCCCAGGUAACUUGAAUGCCAGUACUGAAAAUCAGGGCCAGAUUAAGAUGUUCAUCAAUGAAGUGUGUCAGGAGACUGUGCCACGUAGCUGCAACUCAUUUCUGCAGCAGGCCGGAUUAAAUUUGUUAAUAAGCAUGACAGUUAUUAAUAACAUGCUUGCCAAGUCCGUUUCAGACUUGAAGUUUCCUUUGAUACCCGAAAGAAGUGGCUGUGCUAAGGUUCAGGUUUUAGAACCGCUGAUGGGUUUGUCUGAAAAGCCACUCUUGGCAGGGGAGUUGCUGGGUGUCCAGAUGCUGUUCUCAUUCAUGUCCCUCUUUAUCAGAAGUGCAAACAGAGAGGUUCUCCUGGAAACCCUCACCCCUUAAAUAGCCUUCUGGGACAGAAUGGGACUGACUCCACACAAACCCUGCUAGGUUUGCAGAUGCCAAAGAAUCUGCAGUGGGUGCUACUGAGGAUCCAGCCUUAGGCAGUCACCCCAUCGCCGGGGGUCACUGGGGCUGGGUGCACGUUCCAGAAGCUAGACUGAAGACCACACUCUUUUUGGCCAGGCAGGGCUCCCCCGCAGAGCUUUGGGUAAUUCCCUGAUUUUGCAGUCUGCAGGCAUUGUGCAUUGUAAAUUACUCCCUUGCAGCCCUCUUGAUGCAGUAAAGGGAUCACUGUGGCUCGCCUGCUGCAGAUAAGGGACAUCAAACUAGAGUACCACCAGUGCUCACUUGCCUGUGAUGGUCUCCCUGCUGGAGAGGGACCGCUUUGCAGAGGCCAGGCCCAUCUGGGAGCUCAUGCUGAAAAUGCAUCUGCCGCUGCCUACGUUGAAGUAUUUUCCUUUUCUCUUUCUUCCACACCAGCCCACAGAUGGCAAACCUGUUCAUCCACAAAGUGCACUCCCCUUGUAUCCAUUGUACUGACUUAACUUCCUCCGCCC